UUUUGUGUCGCUGCUAAAGAUCGGGCCCAUCCCGGGGUGCGGGGCCCGGGUCUUCCCGCCAUCCCGGGGAGCGGGACCGGGAGUUACCCUACUGCCCGCGGAUGUGCGGCUCGGCACCGCUUGUACCGAACUCGUUCAUGUGUUUCCGGAACUGUUGGGGCUGCAGGCCCAGGCGGUUGCUCGGACGCAUCGCUGUGCUGAGCGACCUGCAGCCGCCAUCCCGGGGAAGACGCUGGUGUGACCUGUUCCUCGGGCUGGGUUUCGUAGUUACCUGAAGAGGGAUGUAUUUUUUUUGCCCUGACACCUUCGAGGGAGCCUGUUGGCCGCUCCAUGCCCCGCUGUGGAAGUUAUUUUCUUUAAUUUUAAAAACAACAUUUUCUCUUAAAUGGCUAGUUGUUUAUGGGUUGGUGUAAUAAAGCUGUUCCCUUGUUGCGAGCUAUAUAUGGGCCUGACUUGAGAUGGUGGCGAUUUGCUGAAAUAAGCAUUUUUUCACUAGAUGGGGAAUCAGAAUGACUAAUGAAGAACCUCUACCAAAGAAGGUUCGCCUAAGUGAAUCAGACUUCAAGUCUCUAUCCCGAGAUGACUUAUGUUCCAGGUGGAAACAACAGGAGGUCUAUGUACAUGCAUUGGAAACUAAGUGCUCAGAGCUCAACUCAAAUGAUGUAAGUGGAUUAAGAGAGUCAGAAGAGAAGCUUAAACAGCAGCAACAUGAGUCAGCCCGAAGGGAGAACAUUCUGCUUAUGCGGCUAGCCACCAAGGAGCAUGAAAUGCAGGAGUGUACGAACCAGAUUCAGUACCUCAAGCAAGUCCAACUGCCCAGUGCUGCACAGCUCCGAAGCACCUUGGUUGAUCCUUCCAUUAACUUGUUUUUCCUUAAAAUGAAGACUGAACUGGAACAGACUAAAGACAAACUGGAACAAGCCCAAAAUGAACUGAGUGCCUGGAAGUUUACACCUGAUAGCCAAACGGGGAAAAAGCUGAUGGCCAAGUGUCGGAUGUUAAUUCAGGAAAACCAGGAACUGGGAAGGCAGCUAUCCCAGGGGCGUAUUGCACAACUGGAAGCUGAGUUGGCUCUUCAGAAGAAAUACAGUGAAGAGCUCAAGAGCAGCCAGGAUGAGCUGAAUGAUUUCAUUAUCCAGUUGGAUGAGGAGGUGGAAGGGAUGCAAAGUACGAUCAUGGUUUUGCAGCAGCAGUUGAAAGAGGCACGUCAGCAGUUGGCUCAGCUUCAAGGACAACAGCAGCAUCACCAGGUGCUACCCUCUGGCACCUGUAGGACUCCAGUCCUUGAGUCUUCUGCCCAAGUGGAGACCAUUAGUAAAGACUGCAGCCGAAUAGUCAACGGACCAACUAAUGGUGAUUCUUCGCCGCAAGGGAGAGCAGCAGCUGCUUAUCAAGACAAGACUAAUCUCUACAGGGAAGGAAGCAGCACAGAGGAUGAUUUCCCAUCAUCUCCUGGGAGUGGGAAUAAACUUUCGAACCACAGUGAAGAAAAGCUGGACCGAGCAGGCAGCGGUAGCAUAUAUCAGCUAGGUCCUGGAUAUGAGAGUGUAGACUCCCCUACUGGUAGUGAGAACUCUCUUACUCAGCACUCAAAUGACACAGACUCUAUCAAUGACCCUCAGGAAGAUAAACCACUUCUUGUGAAAGGUACUAGAACUAUGGGUUCCCGCCAUGUUCAAAAUGGGUUGGACUCAGUCAGCACACAGGGGUCAGUUUUGUAACGUUUAACGGGCUUUGUCUGCAGUCUUUUUUAUAUAUUGUCAUUUUAUUUGGCUGACGGCUGUCCAGUGACUGAUAAAGGUAGUGUGUAACUUCUGUUAAAAAUUUCAGCCUUUUGUGUUUUGCUUUCUUGUAAAACUGUUGCUACUGUUCAGUUUUUUUUUAAAAAAGCAUCAUAAUUCUGUUGGCUGUUGCUGAAACGAUGUUGAUACAUGUAGACCCAAGUUAUUUUUUUAUAUGAUUUAAUCUGAAUAAAAUGUAUUAUAACAACUUUAACAUGGGAGACAUUGUGUAAAAUUGGGCCUGGUUCAUCUAGAAGUCCAGUGGAAUGUUAUUGGCUUUUUACCCCAAACCAUUAUACAGUCCUGUAACAAGAAAAGGUUGCACCACAAACAUGUGUGAUGAUUAUGUUAGCUUGCCAAAUGCAGUAGUUACUUUUCCAAAGGAAGUUUGGAUGUUGUACUUGGCAUAUUCAAGUUUGGGAAGUCUUGUGUAGUUUGUUAACUACAGUGACAUUUUACACCAUCCAUAUGUGUUGCAUUUUCCCCAGUGACAUGGCUGUGCUUUAAAAAAAAUAGUGUAUAUUGUUACCCAGUUUCUAGGCAAGAGUUGUUUCCUCUGUAAUGCGUAUUCUGUGAAAUCCCCAGAAAUCCCUCACCUGUACUGACCAAACUUAAUAAAGUCUUUUAAUAGUCAAUAUCUUGAAUUUUAC